GUAGGCAGCAGCGACGCGGACGGAGUUUCUCUCGGAGCUUUGGCGUGUAGUUUAAGGCACCAUGGCGGCUACGUCUAAACCCAAGCUGUCAAAGAAUCUGAUGCGGAUGAAGUUCAUGCAAAGGGGGUUGGAUGCGGAAACUAAAAAACAGCUAGAGGAGGAAGAAAAGAAAAUAAUCAGUGAAGAACACUGGUACUUGGAUUUACCUGAACUUAAGGAGAAAGAGAGUUUCAUAAUAGAGGAGCAGAGCUUUAUGCUUUGUGAAGAUCUUUUGUAUGGAAGAAUGUCUUUCAGAGGGUUUAAUCCAGAAAUUGAGAAAUUAAUGGUCCAAAUGAAUGCCAAACACAAAGAGGAAGAAGUUGAAGAUGUAACAAUGGAGGCUGAUGUGUCUGAUGAAGAAAUGGCCAGAAGGUAUGAAAGUUUGGUGGGCACAAUUGGAAAGAAGUUUGCUAAAAAGAGAGAUCGAGCACAGUAUGACGAAGAUGAAAAUGGCAACAUAAAACCAGUUAAAGCUAAGAAGAUGUUUUUAAAGCCUCAGGAGUAGAUUAAGCAAAAUAUGCAGGAAGAUCUCUGGUACAUUUUGAGACUAUUUCUAAUUAGAGUUGGUUGUGUAAUUAGUAAUGUUAUUAUACUUAUUUGUAAAGAAAUUUGUAAGUUUUGAAACAUACGCUGUUCCAGAAACAGAUGUGUGAUGGAUGUUAUACAUCCUUGGCCGAGGGGUUAUCAUUGACCAUGGGGUCUUCAGUCUUGAGCUGUUAAACCUAAUAGGCAAUUAUUCCCUAAAGCAUUUGAGUUGAGAAAAUAGUUGUUUCCUCUGCCUGAUGGUUUAUUUCAAAAUCUCGGAUAUAAAAUGACAGUACCAUUUAAAUUGUUCUUGGUAUGUUUACAUUUUAUUUUAAAAUAUUAAUUAAGGCAAGACAAUAAAUUCAUUUGGGGAUAAGGAAAUUUUAUAGCACAAGUCUUUUAUAGGGAAUUCAUUUAUGUGUACAUAUGGACAGAAUGGAAAUGUUAUCAUGAAUCGUGGUAACUCCCAUUCUGCAAAAUAUUUAGUUGCUGUCAGGUGAGAUUACUGCUUCUGGCAUUCUGCAUAUUUGUCUUGAUGAAUAUUUGCAGCUCCUAAAUAUGGAGAAAUAUGUCCUGAAAUAAAUUUUUUUUUUCUUUCACGUG